GAAGUCGUUAUUGCUUGAGGUCUAUAAAAAGGCAGUUGCACACAAAGGGUCUCCAGCCCCAGAUGUCGGGUGAGGAGAGGGGCUGAAACUUCUGCUAUCUGGAGGAAAGGUUGCAGGCAAUGAAGAGAAAGACAAGCUGAAGGAGCAGAUCUGGGUCUUCUGCCUUUUGGAAAAUGCAUUUACUGCACUCCUUGGUAAAUCCCUCAGAAGGAAUAGAACGUGCUUACUUCUAGAGAUGAACAUAUCCUCUCAACUAUAUAUUUCUGAACUGAACCUGAGUGCCUUUGGUAGCAACUUUACUGUGCCUACUGUCAAGAGCAAGUCUUCACCAUGUGAGCAAGUGAUCAUUGCGGCUGAGGUGUUCCUAACUCUAGGCAUUGUAAGCCUCCUUGAAAAUAUUUUAGUUAUAUGUGCAAUAAUUAAGAACAAGAACUUGCAUUCACCCAUGUAUUUUUUUGUUUGCAGUUUAGCAGUGGCUGAUAUGCUGGUUAGUGUGUCUAAUGCUUGGGAGACCAUAACAAUAUACUUAAUAAACAAUAGACAUGUAAUUAUAGAAGAUGCCUUUGUCCGUCAUAUAGACAAUGUCUUUGAUUCAAUGAUCUGCAUAUCUGUGGUGGCUUCCAUGUGCAGUUUGCUGGCUAUAGCAGUAGACAGGUAUAUCACUAUCUUCUAUGCCCUGCGUUAUCACAAUAUCAUGACAGUGAAAAGAUCAGGGCUUAUUAUUGCAUGCAUCUGGACCUUUUGCACAGGCUGUGGCAUUAUCUUCAUUCUUUAUUAUGAAUCAACUUAUGUGAUCAUUUGUCUCAUCACUAUGUUUUUUACCAUGUUGUUCCUCAUGGUCUCGCUAUACAUCCAUAUGUUCCUCUUAGCUCGCACUCACGUGAAGAAAAUAGCUGCUUUGCCUGGUUACAACUCCGUCCGUCAAAGAACUAGCAUGAAAGGAGCCAUCACUCUGACCAUGCUCCUUGGCAUCUUCAUUGUUUGCUGGGCUCCAUUCUUCCUUCAUCUCAUCCUGAUGAUAUCCUGCCCUCAAAAUCUCUACUGUGUUUGUUUCAUGUCUCACUUCAACAUGUACCUCAUUCUCAUUAUGUGCAACUCCAUGAUUGAUCCCUUGAUCUAUGCCUUUCGUAGUCAGGAAAUGAGGAAGACUUUCAAGGAGAUAAUUUGUUGUUAUGGCCUGAGAAUGCUCUGUGGGUUAUUAAACAAGUGUUAAGAAACCAAAACCAAACCAGAGAAGAGAAUGGAAAUGCAACAUCUCCCCACAUCUUGUGAUUUUGCAGAAAUGCCUAUGAAGUACCUUUCUCCGUUGAACUGUCUUGAUUUCUACAGCAAUCAGAAAGCACUUUUUAAUAUGUGAUUUUACCCUUCUUUCUCUCCACACACCUUUCUCAUACUGGUGGUAGGAGCGACUCAGUGGAUCUGUAUUACGGGGAGAAAGAAUUUUUUGAAUCGCAUUUACCCUACUGAAGACUGGAUCUUAUAAGAGGACUAUACAGGGAAAGCUUUAUUUUUCUUUCUGCUAAAUGCAACGAGUGUGACCUGCCAUGCAAACGAGCCCAUCAGCUUCUCAUUUUGUGUUCCUCUUGAUAUUCUUUGUCAAGAAAGAAUAGAUAGAUGCAGUGUGACUUAUUUUGAUUCAUAGAAUGAACCUAUUUUUUUUUGGUAUUUCCUUCUGAAGACAUAAAAUCGGAGAAGAAUCAGAUUAUCAGGGUUUAUAUACUUUGCUUAACAGUUAUGACCAAUAUAUACUCACAUAUUGUCAGUCUUGUAUUCCAGUCAUGACUGUUACUGUCAUAAAAUAUAUAUUAUGUAAGAGGACAGUGUUAUCAUGAGAUUUUCCACGGUGGAUACCAUACUUUGUCAUAUCUGACUAUUUGUGUUCUUAUCACUGUGGAGUAAGAUGUAGCAUAGGUGGUUUUUAAGGCUGAAGUUGAAGCAUAAGCUGAUUUUAGUUUGCUUUCUUUAUUCACAAGGACCAGGGAAGAAAAGAGUACAUGGUCUCUAGAUAGUCAUAUACUAUUUUGUGGAGAUAGAAGACUGAGUAAGUGGCUGCCUUUAUACAGACAUUAGAAAAGCAUUUCAGCUAGAAAUAGCUCUUGUUACUAGAGGAAACUGUAGUGUAGAUUGCAUCUUUCAAACUGAGCAAAAAAACCAAGGCUGAUGAUCACAAGGCAUAGUAGGCAAUGGCAAAACAGGCAUUUCAAAACCUCAGGCACAGUUGCUAUAACGGGGAUUGCUAAUAUUUGGUCCCCAAACAAGCAGUUUUGUCUUUGUUGAGAGAAUUCUAAGGUGAAACCCUCAUGCUUUUUGUGUGAGUAAUUUGCAUUUAGUCAUGCUCUCAUAAAUAUGCUGUUCUGCAACAGCUAUGUAA